AAUUAAACGCAUCCAAACACCACCCACUCUCUUUCUCUCUCUCUCUCUCUCUCUCUCAAACUUUCUCUCUUUUCUGAGACUUGAAUUGGUAGAUCUUCAGCGCAAAUCUAGGGGAAUUUGUCCGAAAGAGCUUCAGAAAUCCUAGUAGAAGCCUGGGUUGGAUUUUGUUGUAGAAUUGAGAUUGAAGGAGUCAAAUCAAGAUGAUGUGGGCUUCCACUUUUGUGAAUUACAACAUGAACUCCGUUCGCUUGGUGGUGUUCUUUCGUGUCAUUCUGUAAUUCCGUUUUUUCGUUUCGGUAAACUGUGGGUGGUUUUUGAACGAAUUCUUUUAGCGGGUAUUUGUUACUCUUAAAACUGGUGGGAAGGUUGAGAAUGUACAUUGGAGUGACCAUAAAAAGAUAUCGAGCAGUGAAAGAAGUUGGGAAGAUUAAAAUGAGUGUCGGGAUCAUCACAUACUACCAACUGAUACAAGUUUGCCAGGCCGAGUAUUUCCGUCAGUUGCUUAAACCUGUUACGUAGUCUACUAUUUCUAGUGUUGCUUAAACUUGUUACGUAGUCCACUGGGAUUUGGGACAGACUGCCUUUGUUUGCAUCCAUACAUAAGAAGGCGGUGACAGAGAUGAAAGAACUAAUGGCGGUAACUGUUUAUUUGGAAAACCUGCUCUCUUGUUCCGGAUUUUCGAUGCCUUGAUUUACUAGUUAGUAUUCUCGUCACCUUAGAAACCUUCAUCCAAUUUAACUGCCAGUACAAAAGUGGGAACACCUUCAUUUCUGUAAACUUCUAAUUAAAUAGGAAAUAGGCCUACCGAUGCAGAGUGACCAACAUUUUUUCCGCAAAAAUGCACUGCUCCCUCUUGCAAAUCAAGUGGGGAAUAGUUACAUGCACAUUCCAGUUGCAUCUGCAGUUGGUGCAGUCUUGAAUUCGAAUGCUAAGCACCUGACACCCUUCCAUGGUGUUGAAUGUCAACCUUCUGAGGUUUGCCCAAGGAAUUUUAUCAUAUUUGAUCAAACAGAUCAGCGAAGCCAGGUUAUGUUCCAUCCCGCAAUUGCCCGCAAAUUCAAUGUCCCUGGCAUAAACAUACCUGGGACUUAUGUUGAAGACAAUUUUGAGGUGAAAGAAGUUGAUCAUGUGGAAAGAGAGACAUCAUCUUCCUUCAAAGAAGAUUCAGAUGAUAUAGAUGCAUUAUUGAGCUUUGAAGAGGAUGAACAAGAAGAAGAAGAUGAUGAUGAAGAGGUUAGCACAGCACGGACGAAUGGAGAUUAUGGAGGGACAUCUCCAGAUUCUUUCUCAAACUAUGGUUCGAAACCCAAGAAGAAUAGAUACUCUUCUUCUAUUCAGGAGUCCUCCGGCACUGGUGACAGCUCCAACAGUGAAAGGAAACGGCAGAAAAUGAAGAAGAUGGUGAGGGCACUGAGAGGGAUGGUACCUGGUGGCAAUCAAAUGAAUACUGUUGCUGUGCUAGAUGAAGCUGUCAAGUACCUCAAGUCUCUCAAGGUCGAAGUUCAGAGGCUUGGAGUUGGGGAUUUGAAGAAUUAGACUUAAAAGUUUGGCAGUUAAGGAUGACUGAACUCCAUUUCUAAAUUUAGUUUAUGUAGUAUUUAGGUCUUUCCCACCUCCAUCCUCUCUCACAACUGCAGCAAGAUGGCAUUAAGGGGAUAAUAAUUGCAGGUAUUUGAUACACCACAUUGUUGUUGUAAGAAAAACCUAUUCAUACUUGUAUUAGUGGAUUGUGCUCCACCAACUGUCCUUAGUUUGGUUAUGACCUAUGUUUUAUAGUAAUUAUUGAUGGAGGGAAGAGUGGGUUGAUAUGUAAUAUGCACUCUAUACAAGCUGCCACUUGUUCUAUCUUCCUGUUGCCGCUACUUUGAAGCGGACAAUAUGAUUAUUGUGUUUUAAAUCUAUUUAAAUUUGAUGUUUGUUCC